AUGUUUGAUGAGGAGCAAAACGAGGGCGGCGAUGUUGCUGGUGCAGCGGCCCAAGGCGGUGAGGACAACUCUCUAUUGGAAACCUUAAUGGCUGAAAUCGAAAAGUUAAAAAAUGAGAAUAAACACACAAAACAAGCACUUUCAGCAGUAACUGUUAGCCAGGGCGAGGCUAGUACUUCAAGUAAGAAUGCACCAUCUAGUCCAGCACAGACACCCCAAGUUGUGUAUGUUUCCGAUAGCGUAAAAUACAAAAGUUUUCUGGUAGUCGAAAGGCAGAUGAAGAUACAGUGGAGAAUUUUGUUGACAAUGUGAAAAGUUUGAUAUCAGCUAGGAAAAUGACCCAAAUUGAACAAACAGACUUUGUGCUAUCACUGUUGGAAUCAUCAGCAAAGGAAGAAGUGAAAUUGCGCCCUACAGCCGAACGUGACACUUCUGAUAAAAUCUGCAAUAUCUUAUUGGAGGCUUUUGGCGAGCGGAGAACCACACCACAGUUACUAAAGUCAUUUUACGAAUGA